AUGGAGGUCAAGAAUGAAGACGAGAAAAAGUUCAAUAUCAAUGGACUUAAGGAGGAAGAGGACCGGAAACUUCAAGUUGGCCACUAUUCAGAUACUAUUAAGGCCGAGUUCCAAGAGGACGUGAAGGCUAACUGUGCUUUGAAAGUAAAGCCAGAAGACUGGAAAGGCAUUAUCAAGGGUGAACUUUCUGGAGACAAGUCGGCUUUGUCCACCGUGACCGGUGGACCAGUGUGGUCGGCUCUUUCACUCGAUGACGACGAUAUUGACGUCAACGACUUUCCGAUUGGUCCCGUUGAAGAGCCAUAUGGGGAUGAUGAUGAUAUUGAUGUUAACGACUUCCCGAAUGGUCCUGUCGAAGAGCCCUAUAGGACUGAUGACGAUAUUGACGUCAACAACUUCCCGAUUGGUUGUGUUGAGCCAAUGGCAUGUGGUGCUGUUGACAGCCCCAUGGAAGAUGUUGACAAUGGUUCUCAAGGUGAACAUCUCAAAACACAUCUGGCUGUUGCUGUCAAGGAAGAAUUGCGAGAUGAUAUUUCCCUUCUCAAUCCUCAACCUGUGACGCAACCACGUUUGGAAUUUGAUGGUGUCUUGUUGCCAUCUCUGGCUGAAAUUCGUCAACGGUGGGCCUUGGAGGCAAAUCUGACCCAAGCAAACUCUUUAGAUGAAGUUGAGGAGAUGAAUAAAAAGGUUGAGUCUUGGCGGAAUCCCAAAAUGAAGAAGCAAGAAAAUCUCGUGAUGGAUCUGGGGGUUACCAGCAGACGUCUCCUCGCUGCUGGGAUUCAUUUUUUAGAUCUCGAGCUUGAGGAUGAGCUCAAGGAUGUCAUGGUUUCACGUAAAUUCAUGGCGAUGAGGUUCGGUGGCAGCGCGCAAGAGACCACUCCGAAUAUAUCGAAGGCGAACUUCAAUAAACAUGGUUUUGACAACUUCAUGUACUGCAAUACGGACGCUCACUCAAUGGCGCCAGAGAUUCCAGGGGCUGGUGGCCUUUUUUUCAACCCUGAUCAUAUACCAGGUUUUACAGGAAUCAAGUACCGCCUUUUUACCAGGAUCCAGAGAACCCCCAAGGCCUUGUGGACAUAUGUAGGAGAAUAUGAAGCACUUGUAUCUCAGUCACUAUCGAAAGCGGAGUGGAAUGAACAAACAAACAGGGUCAAAUCUACUUGGGCUCACAUGAUCUUCAAGAAGGACUGGGGGUCCAAUGUUCGUUUACGGAUUUUCACUCGAAAAAAGCAUAAUGUUCGCACUCCAACAGAAGAGCAGCUGGAGAAGGUCUGGGAUUCAGGAGAGUACAAGGGGAAAGUGACUGCUGGUGAGAUACAGGCAGCAUUUGAUUGUGGCGAAGAAGUUCUUCACGUCUGGGUGAUGAAAUGUGUUGGGUUUGACAAGUCCCUUCAACGUCAAAUCAAUGAAGAGCUCAAAACCUGGGAUUCCUCAGAGGCCUCUCGCAAAACCAACAAGAAAAAGGUAGUUCGUGGAGUUAAAAGAAAGCGUGGUGAACAUGACAGCGAUGAGGGGGGAGAUAGUAAAGACAAGGAUGAAGAAGAGGAAGCUGACUUGGAGUCAGAGGACGAAGAUGGCUGGGAAAAUGACCACAAGGUGGAUUUAGAGGUGACUGAAUUGCAAUACCGAAGCAGGGGAACACGAUCUAGGCCUAUCCAUAUCUCGUAG